AUGGAUGAUCAAAUUAUUACUAAUAAUCCAUCUUCUGCAUUAAGAUCAAAUAUAAAAGAGAAAGGUGAAUUUAGUUAUUACUAUGCACAUAAAGAUAAUCUUAGUAAUAAUGGAUCCUAUGGAAUAGAUGUAAAAGUUAUUGAGGGGCCAGGUAUUGUUACAGGUGGAUCACCAAUAUUAUUAUAUAAAGAAAAAGAUUUAGAAAAGAAUUUAGGCUUAGAAACAGUUUAUACUGUGAAUUCUUAUUCAUGGGCAGAUUGUGGUAAUUAUAUCAAGUUAUAUAUUACAUUUGAUAAUCUAAUUUCAAAUUUACCUCAUAAGGCUAAAAUUAAGAUAAAAGGAACUCCUGAAAUUGAAGCUCUAUCAAAUUCACUAAAUAUUAAGAUAUUCUCUGAAUAUGUUAUUGAUGAAUUAAAUAAUUGUAUACAAAAUUCUGAAUUAUCUAAUUUGAAGUUGCCAAUUAUUCAAUUCUGUCUUCUUCUUACUAAUUUAUUUAGAAAUAUUGAACCGAAUUCUAUUAAAUUAAAAACUUCUUCCGAUAAAAUUACAAUAAUUGUCACCAAAGAAGAUCCAUCUAUUAAAUGGAUAAAUCUAUGUAAAUUUAUAUAA